AUGGCUUCUGGUGACGUGACCUACCCUAACACGGGCAGCAUCCGCGAUGUUAUUACCAAGGGCCCAAUUGUCAAUAAUGUGAAGUCCGAAGCAUCCCGCACCAGCGAUGAGUUCCGCGAUCUGAAAAACUCGCGUGUGACCCCUUCGAACACCACCGCCGAUGGUCAACCAUUGACUCACUACCACUCUUUGAUGUACAGCCUUUUGAGCUGGGAACAACCCCGUGCGACCGCCGUUUCCUACGCCAGCAUGAUCUGUUUCAUCUUCGCCGCUCGUUACAUGCCUCUCCUCCGCUGGGCCUUCAAGUUCCUGUACAUGUCGUUGGGAGUGACCGCCACUGUCGAGAUUGCUGGCCAUCUUAUCCUCAAGCGGGGAAUCGCCAGUGGAUUCCGCCCCCGCCGUUACUACACUGUCCCCAAGGAAGUUAUUGAGGGUGUCCUCGAGGACCUCGAGCAGCUCGUGGACUUUUUCUUGAUCGAGUUCCAGCGCAUCCUGUUCGCUGAGAAUGUCCUCCACACCGUUUUUGCUUUCAAUGCUGCUUUCAUCGGCUACUGGCUGCUCCGUUUCCUUCCCUUCUGGGGCGUGGCCUUGAUUGCUGUGACCACCACAUACUUCACCCCCCUGAUCUACAUCAGCAACCGUGAAUUCAUCGACGAGCAGAUUACCAACUACCAGGAGAUCAUCAACUCCCAGACCAACCAGCUUCGAGACAUGGCUGGCGAGCGUACCUCUCACGCCACCGACUUGGUGAAGCAGUAUGUCGGUGAGUACAGCUCUAAGGCUCAAGGUUACAUCGCCCACCGACGCUCUGCCUCCCGGGAGACCAAGCUUGCGAGCCCAAUCAAGCGUGAGACCGUUGAGCCCGCUGCCAACUUCACUGCCCCUGUCGCCAAGCCUGCCGUCGAGCCCGUUAUCAAGCACGAGGACUUCCCGGAGGCCCCCAAGGCCGCUCCUGUCGCUCAGGCUCUCGAGUCUGGCAUUGUUGCGUCUGUUGAGCCGGCAGAGCAGGCGAAGGGUCGUGAGCCUCUUCUGGCUAUCUGA